AUGAGUCAUGGAGACACAGGGGAGGAUUCGUCUUUAAAAGGACCAUCACAUCCAGAGUACAGAGUACUAAAAUAUCUUGUGCCAAGAAAAGACUACGGACGACUGAACUACAAGGCGAGAAUUGCACAGAGGAUACACAAAGGACUCCAAAACACGGAUCUACACGUGCCUGAUAUCAUCAACCGAGAUCACGUCUCGUUUUUGGCAUUGGUGCCUAAAACAAUGGAACCUGAUGACCUCGCUGACAGGAAAGUGAAGGAUAUCACUAAAGAGUACAGAGUACUAAAAUAUCUUGUGCCAAGAAAAGACUACGGACGACUGGACUACAACGCGAGAAUUGCACAGAGGAUAUACAAAGGACUCCAAAACACGGAUCUACACGUGCCUGAUAUCAUCAACCGAGAUCACGUCUCGUUUUUGGCAUUGGGGCCUAAAACAAUGGAACCUGAUGACCUCGCUGACAGGGAAGUGAAGGAUAUCACUAAAGAAUGGGAAGAACAAAGCAAGACAAUCAGGAGAUGGGUUAUUCUCUUUCCGGAAAAUGAAGUUCCUUUCGAGAUCCCAGAGAAAGCAGCCACCCUUUAUAUUGCGGAGAAAAAAGGAAAAAAAUUAAAGGAAAAUUCUGAUGUUCAAAGAUUCAUUACCUUGUCAUUUGAGAUUGAGAUAUUUGCCUACGCUGAACGAGCAUUUGAAUUCCUCAAGUCCCGCCCUGCAGAGGAAGUCCUAUAUCGACGAGAAAAAACGGAAACCAAACAAGAGAUGUUUGGAAGGGUGAAAUUAGUGAUCCGUUCCCUUCUUGCGAGAAAACUACCGGAACACCAUACUUCCGCUGCUACGCAAUCAAUUAACCACGACGAGUUGCGGUUUCCAAGUUCUCUGGUGAUUAAGAUGGCACUAGAAACUAAAAGUCUACAGGGUUGUGGUAUCCGGGGAUUUUUCAACACAACUGAUGGGUUCCUAGUGUUUGUAACCAAGCCGAAAGAGGAUACCGACAGGAAGGAAAUUAUCAAUAGUAUUGAAACGUGCUGCAGUAAAACUAAAGAUCUACCCGAUAAACCAGUGAUUACAUGGAUAGAAUCAAUGACAAUAUCUGAACUAGCUGCCCAAGGUGAUAAGCUGAUCACAAACAACCACCAGGUAUCUAAACAGGGAACCCUGGGAUGUUUCGGAAGACGACCAGAAGGAGGUCUGGUAGCAAUUACCUCAGGGCAUUUUGCUAGAGCGGAGCAGAAAAUCCAACUUCUUCAAAACCAAGGCAUUAUGGUAGAGUUUGGAAAAUGCGUGGAAAGCACCGAUCAAUCUAAUGCAGACAUAGCAAUCAUAGACGUAAAUAGGAAUAUGGUGGAUAGUUGUGACGAAAGGUUUCGGGGUGAAAAAGGUGAAAUUUGUGAGGCAUCUGUAUAUCAGGAGGAUGUAUUGAUCAACUGGCCGGUACAUAAGCUAGGAGCAGUGACUGGACACACCGAAGGAAUUGUAUACUGUGGUGGUGCCCGCGUAGGUGAGAAAGAGGGCAUCAUAAUUUCCGGCGUUACCGACGACGACGUUUUCGCAAAACAGGGUGAUAGUGGCUCCAUAGUAUACUUCUAUGAUCAUACUGAUGUAAACCACAAAACUGUGAACCUGUUAUCCAUUGUAUCGGACGAUAUCAAUAUAAGUCCACAGGGAACACUUCCGGAUGGUCUCUCUCGAAGACCAACUCUGACUCAACGUUUGAAUGCUGGAUUAGCGACGGUACACAACAUUACGAUAUAAAAGUGAUUUCAACGCGUACACGAAUACUGAAUUGUGUUUGUCCAAUAUGUCCUUCUUUAAGCAGUCGGCCCUUGCGUAUAUCAUGAUCGCAUAGUCAGGCUUUUUGUUUUUUUGUUUUGGUUUGUUGUUUUUGUUUUAUUCGUAUUGAUUUA